CAUCACCAUCAUCAUCAUCAUCAUCAUUGUUUCUAUUAUCAUCACCACUUCCAUUGUGAAUAUUUUUCCUAUCAUUAUUUUUGUUACUAUUGUCAACUUCGUAUCAUAAUCACCCUCAUCACCAUAAUUUUUGUAUCAUCAUCAUUGCUUCUAUUAUCAUCACCACUUCCACUGUGAAUAUUUUUGCGAUCAUCAUUUUUGCUACUAUUGUUAACAUCGUAUCAUAAUCAUUCUCAUCAUCAUUUUUUGUAUCAUCAUCAUCAUCAUCACUAUCACCAUGGCGACACAUAUUAAGGUUACACUUCAAACCCUCAUCAAGGUUAUCAUCAUCAUCAUCAUCAUCACCAUUACAAUAACUUUCUCAAUCUCCCUUAUCACUUUAUCACAGAGCCUCUCAUUGCAUUCUCUCACACGCAACCACUACCACCACCACUAUCUACACACACACACACACACACACAAAUAAACAAACACGAGAUAUAUUUUUCUUUCGUUUUUAUCUCUAUCAUUAUUAUCUCCUCCUCCUCCUACUACUACUACUACUACUACUACUAUUACUACUACUACUACUACUACUAUAACAUCAACAACAACAUAAAAGCAGGCCAGACUUCCGUUCUUGAUAGAUAAGACGAAAGGGUUAAGGAGAGGAAGAGGGGGAGGGGGGGAAGGGGAAGGACAGGUGGGGGUUGUAAACAGGUGAGAAAGUUUGAGUAAUUAAUAUCAGAAGGUUAAAGUAGUUGUAGUAGUAGUAGUAGUAGUAGUAGUAGUAGUAGCAGUAGGAGGAGGAGGAGGGAGUGAAGAUUAGAAGGAGGGGUGAAAGGAGGGGGAAGUGGAGGAGGAGGAGGAGAGAACACCGAAGAAGAAGGAAACAUGGGGGUCUCGAGGUCAUCCCAGAACCCCUAAGACUGUGCAGAGGUAAGUUGUUGAUUAAGAAAGGGAGGUCACGGUGAGGUAGGAGGUCAGGUCAUGUUGUAUACGAGGUGCUUGAGCCUUCCUGACCUUCCCAGUAUUGACCUCGUGAUGGUGAACACAAAGAGGGCAAUUCUACAGUUCAUCUAAUAGUGUGAGGUCAGGUCAGGUCAGGACAGGUCAGGUCAGGUCAGGACAGGUCAGGUCAGGUCAGGUCAUGUUGUAUACGAGGUGCUUGAGCCUCCCUGACUUUCCCAGUGUUGACCUCGUGAUGGUGGACACAAGAGGGCAUUUCCACAGUUCCUUCUCAUUUUUGCACUUCUCUCUUCUUCACUGCAAUCGUUUGACUUUCAUCUCCUCUUCCUCCAUUUUUUCUCUUCUCUUUUUAAGUCUCAUUAGUCAUUAUUUUCAUCUCCUUCUCUUCCUCCUCUUCCUCCUUUUGCUCUUCUUCCCUACAUUCUCCUUAGCUCCAUCUUCUCUUCUUCAUCUCUUCCUCCUCCUUCAUUUUGGUACUCUUCACUAUCUCCAUUUUCUCUUCUCCUCCUCACAUCCAUCCAUAUUUAGUUGUUUGUCAUCUCACGCCUCCCUCCUCCUCCACUUGUCUCUCCUCCAUGCUCUCCUCCGUCCUUAUGGCGCCUCAUCUUUUUUCUCCUCCCCCUCCCCCUCCCCCUCCUCCUCCUGGGUUAGUUUGGGUUGGGUUAUGUUACAAGAGUACUCAACUUAUGUCACUCUAACAAGCUCUUACCCUUCUCCUUUUUUUACUGUAUAUCUCUUCUUAUUACUUCAUUCAGUUUUCUUUUUACUUUUCUUUCAUUAUUUUCCACUUUCCGUCAUUUUUCAUCUUCCUUUACUUCUCUAUUCUUCUUUCCUCGAUAUGUUUUCCUCUACUAAAUAUUAUACUCAUUUUUUUUGUUUUUGUCUCUUUCCUUCACUCUAUUUCCUCUUGAUUUCAUUCUGUCAUUUUCUUUUCAUUAUUUUCCAUCUUUUGUCUUGUUGUUGUUGUUGUUUUCUUCUUUCACCUUUAUUUCACUCAUUUCCCUCACAUCUUCUUUUCCCUUCCCUUCCUAUGGUCUGUUCUCUUCCCCUCAUCUUCUUUUUCGUGCAUAUAUUCUCCUUUCUUCUUGUUACUGAAAUUCUCAUAUUACUUUCUUUCCGUCCUUCUUUUCCUUCUCACUCUCCUUGUCAUUCUUUUUCAUUAUCUUCCUCCUUUCGUCCUUCCAUCCCCUUCCUUCCUUCAUUCCUCUUUCCUCUCUUCCGUAUUCUUCAUCCUCCUUUCCAUGCUUACCUUCUCUUCCCUAGCUACCUACCAACCACCCCCACACACUAUCAUUAUAUAGCCCCUCCCCUAGAUACCACUAAUUAUAAGUUACUGGCGGACAAACCAUUCAUUAAUCGUAGUUACUAUCUCAUUAAGUAUAUACAUGACUGGUGGGUGAUGUGUCAGAAAUCAAGGUGGUCUCAGAAAUUAUCAUACAAAUCUAUCAUGUUACAUCACUUAUAUUAUCCACUUACAGUCUCAAACCAACUCAUUACCUCACGAUAACAAUAAUUCAUAAGCUGCGGUAAUCAGUGACUUAAAUUAUGUAAUCGGACUCAAAUUAGGAUGGAGAUGACGGGUUCUUCUGGUUAAUCGUACGCCCGCCAGCCCGGCUCAUACGAUCUCAUGGCUCGCUCUCUCCCCCACGGCAGCGACCUUCUGUGGCCCUCUCCCAAGGCUGCGUGUGUGUGUGUGUGUGUGUGUGUGUGUGUGUGAGAGAGAGAGAGAGAGAGAGAGAGAGAGAGAGAGAGAGAGAGAGGAACAGGGAUGAAUGAGAAAGAAGAAAAAGAAGAAAUAAGAAAGAAAUGGGAAAGAAAAAGAAAAAAAUAUAUAUAAAAGAUAGGGAAGAGGAAUAGUAACGAAAUAUGAGAUCAGAAAAAACAAAAUUAAUAUUCGAGAAAGAAAGACAGAAGAGAAAGGAGAAAACAGGAGAAAGAAAAUUGAAAAAAUAAAAUAAAAAUGAGGAGAUAAAGAAAAGGAAAAUGAAUAUACAACAGAUGGGAAAGACGAAGAGAAAAUAAGUUGGUAGUAAUUAAUAAAAGUAGCAAGGCGGCUAUAAUAGUAGUAAUAGUAGCAGUAGUAGUAGUAGUAGUAGUAGUAGUAGUAGUAGGGUGACUGGGGUUAUUGGGUGGCGACAGACUGGCGCCCACACACACACACACACACAUACACACACACACACUCCCUUCCCCCUCCCUCCCUCCCCUCUCCCGUGUUACCCGUGCAACCAUGACCACGCGCUUCGCCCCUCCCUGUAUCCAUUCUAGCACUGGCCGUUGCGUAAUAAAUUCACCCUAUGCCCUAUGGACGCUUAAAAAGGAGAUUGAGCAAGCAUCCUGAUUUUGAUUAUUAUUAUUAUUGGUGUUUAUAAUUGUUUUUCUCUUUCUCUCCUUCCUCGUCUUUUUCCUCUUCCUUUUCUUCCUCUUUCAAUAUACGUAUUUCCAAUGUCAAUAAUAAUA